GGCAACGGGAAUAUUUACGGCGACAACGUCGACGGCGGUAGUAACGUCAAGCGAAGGAAUGGUAGUCGCGGCAACGAGAAUGGACAAGCCCGCGGUAACAACGGCGUGCAACGAGGGUCGAUCGCAGUGGACCGGGCGCAUGCGCCAGUCCCUGGAGAGCAGCUCCGAGCCAGCCCGUGAAAACUGUACCCCCUCGGUGCAUCGUUAUCCGGAAAGGCAACGACGACGGGAGAGACACGCCGCGGGGAGGAAGCAUCGACCACCGGGGAGAGACACCGAGAAAGCCACCGCUGGCACCUCAUGCUCCUCGACAUCGUUGUCGUCGCCGCCGGCGCUCUCCUCGCCGUCUUCUUGCGCGUCCUCGCGCCGUUCGAGCUCCCCACUGUCGAGCACCUCGUCACCAGCGCGCUCCUCCACCUCGUCGUCGGUCACGAGCGAUCCGCUAGCGAUCAAGCCGGCUGCGGCCGGAAGCGAGCAAAGAGGCACUCCCGAGCACAGCGACGACGGGAUUGGGAAGCGGGGGCAAAACGCCGCGGAGACAAGGCGAGAAAACGGUGAGACGACUCAUGGAACGAUUACGGAGACGACGACGUCGGUGUCGACCUCCUCUUCGACCUCUUCUUCGACCACUGUGUCUUCCUCGUCGCCAUUUCCCUCCCCCGUGUCCACGUCCUCGACGUCUUGCCGGACGGCGACGACGACGCCGCGCAGCCACGGCGGCGAUCACGGUGUUGCGCACGUCGUCCCGUCCUCCUCGUCCGCGCUUGAAAGACUGAGAAGUGCCCUGGAGAAUUACGACCGUAGUCGAAUCUACCUCGCCCACGUUUGCUACUUGGAUUGGCGGGAUCUGCCGGGGCCACCAUCGGACACGAUUGUUGGUGGCCGGCCGCCACUGGCGGCCACGUUGUCUACGCAAGGUCAACAUGUUGAGCCAACCGGUGGUGUAUGCCGGCGGUGGAGGGGUUCCUUGACUUCCGAUCUAUUCCUAUGGUGGUUCCACCGUGAAUUUGCUGUCACAGCGAUGGCGAUGCAUCCCGACGGAGCGGUGCUGGUAGCCGAAAGUGCCGAUUACUUGCCGCCAGAAGGUGACUGCGUCGCCGCGGACGGUCUCGUACGGCUGUUUAUUGUACCCAAGGAUUGCAUGGAAACGCGACUGGUGGUCCGAGAAUUGAGAGUGCGUCUGGCUACCGGUAUAUUAUCGAGGGCACGCUGUGGCGUUUACUGCGAUAAAUAUCCCUCGAUUUUGGGUUUGCCCGAGGAGGAGGGCGAUAACCGAUUGGACGCGUAUAUAAAAAAAUUCACACUAAAGGAAGCAUUCGCGGAUCUUCAUCGCGCAUGGCUCAGUGUUCGAUCGGAGACGUUCGCUCGCAGUUGGACGCUGCCACGCGAUCGCGAGGAUCAUUCGCUGGCGGGAUGUAAUGGCGCCAUAUUGCCGCCUAGAAUACAUCCGGUGGAUCAAGAGGAGGAUAGAAUGCUGCUUGUCGAAUUGCAGAGUCUCGCCAGGGAGAUCGGACUGGAGGUCACCGAUGACGAACUUGGCAGUUGGAUCCUUGACGAAGAGAGCGCGCUGGCGCGUCUUGUUAAGAAAAAAGAACCGGACGAGGAACAACAACACUGCCGAGUUAAAAUCGAGGUAGAGACGGAUAGGUGGUCGGAGCGCAAUGGAGGAGACGAGGAAGAAGAUGGGAAUGACGGCAUUGAGGAAGACGACGGCGAGGAUGAGCCUUCCGCCGAGGAGGCUGUUGGACUUCUUUCAAGAGUGCUGCUCUGGAUGGAAAGAGAACCUCUCGAUCCGGGACUUCUACUGGCGGUCAGAUCGAUGCGCGAUACCGCCGCACUUAUGGCGAGUAAGAUGGGCCUGGCGGGGACGCAUCCAAGCGGGUUACCCUUUUUCUGUCCGAAUGGAGACCACCUGACCCAACCACCUCCCGCCCAUAUGGGUAUACCGCCCUACGGCGCAUUGGACGCGGGUAAAGCGGCCGCGGCGGCUGGUCUCACGAGAGCACCAAUGUACCCCUUCUCAACGGGCCAGUACCCAUAUCCCAUGCUUAGUCCAGAAAUGACGCAAGUCGCGUCCUGGCACACACCGAGCAUGUAUCCCAUCUCGCCGGCAAAUGCGGGUUUCCGAAGUCCAUAUCCCACGAUACCCAUCACAAGUUCUAGUUUACCAAGUGAUCUCUACCGGUUUUCACCGACGGGCCUUAUGCCUCCGCAUCCUGGCCUGAGUCCACACGCACACGCGCUAGCGUCACAUGCGUUGGUAUCCUCGGCGCCGAAGGCGGAUCACUCCACCUUGGAUCACAAUCACAGUCUUAUCCGACAUCGUGUGGCGUUUAGGAUCGUUCCAUGGAUCGAUUUGGAUCACUUCGGCGGUCGGCCCACGAGCUUUAAGCACGAGGUAGUCCCGUAUGUGGCGAUGGAGCCAGCCGAGUGCCUGGAGCCGCUGAACUUGGUGAUCAAAAAGGACGACACUGAAGACAGCGGGCCGACCAGGACUGUGAUCGGUGUGAAGAUCGCAGAGGCGUCGAUCGACGAGGAGGAGAAGGACGCUGUUGUGGCUGAGGAGAGCGCGAUCGAGGAUAAUAUGGCGAUACUCCAGGACGCUGUCAAGUCUGCCGAGUCCGGUGGUUUACCAACCGCGGAUCACAAACUCUUGACCGCGCUCUACAUGAGUAGUCUCGUGCAAAUGUCGAGCUUAAGCGCCCCGCGCGGCAUUGCGCCGCCGCCAUACGGCGCCAGCCAGCAGCAACAGCAAAGCUUUAUGCAGCUGCUGGCGAUGGUGGAGGCACGACAUCGCAUGUGGCAGCAGAUGAACUGGCCACUGCCACAGAGUUUUCUGAGGAGCCCGCUGACGCUACCACCGACCGCGCCAUCCUAUUUUGAUGGCGCGACAACGACGCCAACACCGACGCCGCCGAACCUGUCUGACCAGCUAUCCCAGAACUCCGCACCGACCUACCCCCUGUCCUGUACGAAAUCUGAACCCCUCAAUUCCGAGGUUAAACAGUCCUACUUCAAUAAACGGUCAACGAUAGAACAAAAAAACUCCACAUCGUUACCUACGGACAAUGCGAAAGCUCAGGACACGGGACAACAAAACAAUCAAGAUAAAAAGAAACCCCAUAUAAAAAAGCCUUUGAAUGCGUUUAUGCUGUAUAUGAAGGAAAUGAGGGCGAAGGUUGUGGCAGAGUGUACUUUAAAAGAGAGUGCCGCGAUCAACCAAAUAUUGGGAAGACGAUGGCACUCGCUAAGCCGGGAGGAGCAGGCGCGGUAUUAUGAGGCGGCCAGGCAGGAGCGCCAUCUGCAUCAGCAACGAUACCCCGGCUGGAGUGCUAGGGAUAACUACGGAUAUGGCAGCAAGAAGAAGAAGAGGAAGAAAGAGCGAUCCACAGAUCCCACCGGAGGUAAUAACAUGAAGAAAUGCCGCGCCAGGUAUGGAUUAGAUCAACAAAGCCAAUGGUGCAAACCCUGCAGACGUAAGAAGAAAUGUAUCAGAUACAUGGGGGAGGGAGGAGACGGCGACGGUGAAGCUGACGGUGAAGCUGAGGAUGAUCAUUCAGAGGAUAAUCUGGGUAGCGUAGGAGAGGCGGGGACUCCUGAGGAGGACGAAUCUUUGAGUAGUCCCGGGGGCCUAUCCGCGUUGUCUAGUCUGGCGAGUCCUUCGUUGGUCUUACCAUCGCCCUCAAGUCUGGCCAGUCCAUGCCCGUGCCCGUGCCCGUUGACGCCCCCGGUGCCGCCCCCGCCUCUGUCGAACACGAACCAGCCAGCGGUGACAACGACGACGACGACGACGACAUCGGUGGCGGCGGCGGCGGCGGCGGCGGCAGCGAUGGCAAUGGCAGGAUCGGCGGUGACGUCAGCGGCAAUGCAGCAACAGCAACCGCAACCACCUCCGCAGCCUCACCGCAACCCCGUCGGCACGAAUCCUCACGACAUUAACAAUCCGCUCAGCGUGAACCAGCUGACCGGACAGUGUAUAAAAAGCGAGCCCGCACCUUCGGGCCCUUCCAACCCGGCAAUCAGUGUUACGUAGCCCCGGCCGGACCCACGUGACCGAACUGUUGCUACACGCGGUGUCAUCUAUAGGGUCCGUCUACGUAUGCACGCGAUAAGAAGGCUGGAUAAUGAAGAACCGACUGAAAUGAUGAUAGAAACAAAGGGAGGAACUUGGCGAAUGAGAAACCAAAUAAGAAUCGCUUUCGUCGUUUAGCGUUUCUCU